UUGCCAUUUCAUUCCUUUGAAGCAUUUAAAUUAGUGUGUAAUAAAUUCUGUGUGAUAUUUCGUAAAACCGAUAGUGUUUGCUUUAUUGCAAUAGUAUUUAAUGUUAACAAUAAUAUUACUUAAAAAUGGAUACAAUCACACAAAUAAACUAUAGUAUUCAUUUUAAUUAUUAUUUUCUGAUCGGGGGAUUAUUCCUUGGUUACCUUGUUUAUCGUAUUAUUCACUCGCUUUUAGGAGAUAAUACUUUUACACAAACCAAAUAUCGGGUGCGGGGUCACACUUGGAGAAACAUUGACUGUAAUAAAUCAAUACCAUAUAAUAUUUAUUGUACAGUUUGCAGUAAGCUAAUGCUACCUGUAGUGGGCUUGUUCUGUGAAUGCUGUGCAGUGAGCGCGUGCACCAAGUGUCAUCGCAUUGUUGACAAAAGAAACAGAUGCAAACAAAUAACAUGGCCCAUAGGAAAAACCUUUAAUCAUCUUUGGGUUAAUGUGGGAGCUGCUAAUAGAAACAAUGCAGAUCACAGUGAGGAUGGAGAGCUAUUAAUAAACAAAUACUUUUGCUCCUGGUGCCAAAGGACCAAAGUUAGCCAAGAAAAUUUAUUAGAUAACAAUGAACAAUGUGAUUUCCAAAAGUACAAAAAUAUUAUUAUUCCACCUGCAAAUGUUCAAGUAGAGAAAGGGAAAAUUGUAAAUAUCAAACCACUAUCCAAUGAAAACUGGGAGCCCUUGAUAAUUUUUGCAAAUAGAAAGUCUGGGAGUAAUAGAAGUGAUGAGGUUCUUUCCAUAUUUAGAGGCCUUCUAAAUCCACUGCAGGUGAUAGAUAUCAGCUCGACGCCGCCGGAGCGUGCAGUGCGCUGGUUUCCCGCGCGCUGCCGAGUGCUGGUCGCCGGCGGCGAUGGUACCGUCGCCUGGGUUCUGAAUGCGCUGCAUUCCGUGCCGCAUGUUAAGGCGACAGUGGGCAUACUGCCGAUGGGCACCGGGAACGACCUGUCGCGAGCGCUGGGCUGGGGCGCCUCGUGCUCAGACCUCGACGCGCACGCCAUCGUCACUUCGUUGCAACAAGCUCAAGAACAGAUUAUAGACAGAUGGAAGGUCACCAUAACGCCGAAGCACGUGCUGGGCCGCCUGCGUGCGCGGGCGGCGCGCGAGCUGUUCGCCUACAACUACGCCAGCAUCGGCGUGGACGCGCAGGUCGCGCUCGACUUCCACCGCGCGCGCGCCACCUUCCUCUACCGCUACACCAGCCAGUACCUCAACUAUUUGACGUACGCGCUGCUGGGCGUGGGGCGCGUGCUGGACGCGGGCACCAGCGGCGGGCUGGAGCGGCGCCUGCGGGUGCGCGCGGGCGAGCGCGAGCUGUCGCUGCCGCCGCUGCAGGCGCUCGUCGCGCUCAACAUCCCCUCGUGGGGCGCCGGCGUCGACCUCUGGAGUUUGGGCAGUGAAGACGAAGUGCAGGAACAGCGCAUGGACGACGGGAAACUAGAGGUGGUCGGCAUCUCUUCGUCGUUCCAAAUAGCGAGGCUGCAAGUCGGUCUGGCCGAGCCCUACCGGUUCACUCAAGCGUCUGAUGUGUGGAUUGAACUGGACGGGUGCUGCGCGAUGCAAGUGGACGGCGAGCCGUGGAUGCAGGGUCCGGCCUCCAUACACAUCGAGCCUGCGGGGCGGAGCACCCUGCUGCGGCCUCGACGCUGACACGCUGUGUCGGGGUAAAGGUCACCACUCACUUGUUCCGCACCGCACCAACACAACAUGCGGGUUACAGAACUUUGUCAACGUAAUCAUUCCUAGUCAGGCAUCCCUAGAACAUUUUGUACACCUGAUUACUAACAAGCUAAUUUUUUGUGAGUAGCUUCAUCUCGAUGAGGCGAUCAACUUUUUUAUUUACAAAUAUUCUUGAUUCUGGUAGCUAACUAACCAGGAAACGAAAAUUUUAUAGCGUCGGAACAAGAUAUUUAUUUUUUCAUUUAUAUUUUAUUAUCGUAUUAAAAAUGUUACACUAGUACGAUUUUUUUUAAAUAACCAAUGAGGGAAGGAAAUUAAAUAACUAAAAAAAUUAUAAUCAUUUACUACAAUUUAACUAGGCAACCCAUGUGCAAUGUGUCAAUGUGAAUAUUUUUUAUUAAAUAACAGAUGAGAGCGGGGGGACACGAUACCUUCUGCCUAACCUGCUAAGGUUUAUUAUAAUGAUGAUCUAGAAUUUGUAUGGAACAAAUAUUACGCCAAAGAAUAGUGAUUGAUAUAGUAUACUUAUUACUUAUACAAUUUUACUGACAAGUUAUAAGUACCUAUAAAAUAUUAAGUACCUAAUCGUAAUAUUAUUGUAUCACCAAUUGUACCUACCUAUAAUAUUAUAGAAUAUGGCCUAAACAUUUUCAGGCAUUAUUUUAAAUCUCGGUGUUAUUCCAUUUUAGAUUAAGUAAGUUAGUUUAAUAUUAUUUAUUGUGUGAGGGUUGUAUUACUUGGAAUAUGGGCGUUAACUUUAUUGUAAUGCGUAAAUUCACAAUAACCUAACAACAACUAUAUGUUCUACAUGAAAAAAAACAAUGUAAUAUUAACUGUUUGGCUGACGCCGCGUUGCAAGAACCAGCUCAUGAAUAAGGGCCUCGUAUGGGUUUGAAGUUGUUAAACCGUGUUUUUGAAUAAUUAAUUAAAGUAAUAUUACUGUUUUCCUAGAAAGCUUUUGUUUAUUGAAUAUCAUAGACCAUGAAUCUCUAAAAAAGUUAAAAUUUGUAGUUUUUACAGAACAGUGCGCUAGGUGAUUAGUCAGUGACGAACUUUAGUAUUAACUGUAUGUUUCAUUUAGUUUCUAAAUAUUCCAUAAUAUAGGAGUAGAGACACAUUAUUUCGGCGACCUCUGUGACGCAGUGGACUUGCAAGACGGAGGUCCUGGGUUCAAUCCCGGUUGGGCCGAUUGAGGUUUUCUUAUUUUGUCCGGCUGGUGGAAGGCUUUGGCCGUGGCUAGUUACCAACAUAUCGGCAAAGACGUACCGCCAAUCGAUUAAGCGUUCCGGUACGAUGUCGUAUAGAAACCGAAAGAGGUGUGGAUUUUCAUCCUACUCAUUACAAGUUAGCCUGCUUCAAUCUUAGACUGCAUCAUCACUUAGCAUCAGGUGAGAUUGUAGUCAAGGGCUAACUUGCAAAGAAUAAUAAAAAAAAAACAAUAACAGUGAGUCACAUGAGACUCAUCGAACAGAAAAUUAGCUGGAUCUGACUUGUUCCAUUAAAAUCACACGUAUGCACGCUAGACCUUCGAAAACUUUCAUAUUUGUUAUGGUGUCUGUGAUAGCCAGACCUUUCAUCAUCAACCCAUAUUCAGCUCACUGUUGAGCAUGAGUCUCCUCUCAGAAUAAGAGGGGUUAUACCUUAGUCCUCUACGCCGCUGGUCAAAUGCAGAUUAGCAAACUUCACACACGCAGCGAACUAACAAAAUUCUCAGGUAUGCCGGUUUCCUCACGAUGUUUUUCCUUCACCAAUGGAGUUGCAUGUUCCAGACCAGAUUCGAACAUACGCCCUCCGAAUCGAAAGCAAAGGUCAUAUCCACUGGGCUAUCACGUUGGCAGAUGGUGAACUAGAGUGUGGGCCAUGGUGGCUUUGGGAGAUUGCAGGGUUCAAGGCUCUUAGGUAUUUUUUUUUUUCAUUAUCUUCAUUAAUAUGGAAGUUAUAUCCCCGUUAGCCAGACAAGAAGCUGCGAUGAAAAUCUGGUUUAAGUAAUUUUGAAGGUACAAGCAUACAUUCUUACAGUUUUCAUAAAAUUUAUUAGUCAAUAAUUUUUUACCUAUUACGUACUGUAUUCAUUAUCCACAUAGAGGAGCAUAGUAGUGGAAUUGUAAUGGAAUAAGUUGGAACUGUAGUGCGGUAGAUAUACAUAUCUUUUAAGCAUUUAAUUCAUGACUGUUUUGUGUGGAUAUUACUUAGGCAUAGAUAAGCAGCGCGAUUGCUAUAUUUAUCUAUAUAUCUGUGCUAUUUCUACGAACGUAAGGUGCAAGAUGUUGUCGUCCAAACAUUGUAGCUGUAGAAUGUAUCCUAUUGUUGUUGUGAUGGUAUACCUAAAUAAAAGUAUAUUAAAUUGAA